GGGACAUAGAGGAAGUGGUAUGAAUAUCCUGCAAUCUUCGGAUCCGAGAAUGAAACGUUUGAAGGAGAAUUCGAUCAUCUCUUUUAAUCAUGCUGCUCAAUUUAAUCUUGAUUUUAUUGAGUUUGAUAUUCAGGACAUAACCUUCUGGAUUAAUACAAGGGUGUGCAAGUUGAAAUUUUGGGUCGUCUAGCCUAGGAUUGUGCUAGAAAUGUGAUCAUCAGGCACUUGGUAAGUGCCAAGCAAUUGGGAAAGCCUGACUCAGCCAGCUUGCUUGUCGAAUGACGCACAUGGACGUGAAUCACGUGAUGAAGUGUGAUACCUGAACAUGUUUCUCCAAAUUCAUGUCUUGUACAGACAUGAGGCCGUGUUCGAUUUUUCAACAGGCAUCGUCCUCAACUCAAAAAAAUCCACCAUUCAAAGCUUAAAAGUGGAUAUUAGAGCACAUUUCAAUUAAUUUUUGAAAUUCGCACAAUUGUAUCCUGUGUCCAAAAGAACGUCGACUUGAGCUUUAAAAAUGCUUGUAGAAAAACAUUUCAAGGGGUUUGACCUAUUGGUUUAUUUCCCUAAUUUAACGACAUAUAUAAAAACUAUUAUGAUAUUUUAUACAAUCAACAUGUCAAAAGUUCAAACAUUUGUCUUCAUUUUCUAACCCAAGACUAGGAUUUAGGAUUCAAAUAUUUGGCCCCUUGAUUUUUUAUCUAAGUUUUGAAAAUGCCUAAAAGUGAAUAUCUUGAUGCUCACUUGGAUCAGCUAUUCUCACAAUGGUGUUUGUUUUCUUGAAGAAUGUUAUUUUCACCGUCAAAUGCAUACUUUUAAGGUCAUUCAUGGAUCUGGCUAAUCUUUUAGUUCUGCAUAAAGGCUAGAAAACUGCAAUUUAAGAAUGUGGUCUCGGUUUUAGAGAAGUUACUGAUUUGGUUCAAUUCUCUCUGUGGUUUGCACAAUGCUUAUUUUCUAUUAGUACUUCGGUGCAUGAGAGAUGAUCCACAAAAGGAUCAGUAAACAAAAAAAACCUAUGUUUGUAGGUGACCAGAGAUGACUGCCCUGUCAUUUUCCAUGACAUACACAUCCUUACUAAAGAUCAGGGAGUGAUUUCAGAGAAAAGGGUGACGGAAAUGACCUUGGAAGAGUUUCUGAGUUACGGACCGCAGAAAGCAUCAGGAAAGGUGGGGAAGCCUAUGCUUAGAAAAGCAAAAGAUGGGAGUAUAUUUGAGUGGAAAGUUGAGAAUGAUGCCCCUUUAUGCACAUUGCAAGACGUUUUUGAAAAGGUUGACACUUCCUUGGGAUUUAACAUUGAGUUGAAAUUUGAUGAUAAUAAAGUCUACGAUGAGGUGGAGCUCAAACGCAUCCUUCAUGCAGUUCUAAAGAUUGUUGAUCAGCAUGCUGAUCAAAGAAGCCACAUAAUUUUUUCGAGCUUUCAACCCGAUGUAGUACAGCUGCUGAGGAAACUGCAGCAUGAUUAUGCUGUGUUCUUUCUAACAAAUGGAGGAUGUGAAAUAUACGCUGACCCGAGAAGGAAUUCACUUGAGGCAGCAAUCAAACAUUGUCUUGAAGCUGGCUUACAAGGCAUCGUUGCUCAAGUAAGGGCGAUUUUUAGACACCCAGCAAUGGUUGCUAAGAUCAAGGAAUCCAAGCUGUGCCUUGUUACUUACGGCCAGUUAAAUAAUGUGCCUGAGGCGGUAUAUAUGCAACAUCUAAUGGGGGUAGAAGGUGUAAUCGUCGAUUGUGUUGAAGAAAUCAAAGAAGCAGUGUCGGAUUUUAGCAAGACGAUCAGAAAAGAGGCUGAAGAUGAUUGCUCCUCCAUAAAUGGUACAGAAAAGGAAGAGAGAAAUAGAUCACCGGUAAAGUUCUCAGAUCGCGAGCUCUCUUUUCUUCUGAAACUCAUACCAGAAUUGGUACAAAACUGAAAGCUCAUACAGUACUAAAUGUCUUUGCUAUGUUAACAUUUUGUGUCACCUCUGUAUAUUACUGUAUUCUAGUCCCUUUAAUUUUAUAAUUUGUAUAAUUUGAUGGAGUAUAUAAUAAUAUAUUAUGUGGCCUUAAUUAUUUUGAAA